UCUAGGGUCUGUGUGUCUACCCGGACUCCUAGUAAAGACGAGCCAAAGACUUCGACAACACAAGCGUUUGCUUGCUUGAAAAUAUUCUUUUAAUAUAAUAUUUGAAUAUACAAUUAUAAUAUUUGAAUAUACAAUUAUAACUUGAGAAGGUGCUUUCUAACAAGGUCCCACCGUGUGACGUCAUCGGCGUGACGUCAUGCUUCUGGUGGAUCCCGGCGUGUUCAUCGGCACGGCGGCUGACCUCCAUGAUGAGGCAGCCUUGGCCGCUGCCUCCAUCACGCACAUCCUGUCUGUGGACUCUGUGGACCCUGGACCUGUGCCCUCGGACUACUGCACUAAGUGGGUCAAUGUCCUGGACCAGGUGACCUCUGACCUCUUGAGCCACAUGGACGCCUGCUUCCUGUUCAUCCAGGAAGCAGUGAAGGCAGGCGGCGCCGCACUCGUCCACUGCCAGGCUGGACGUAGUCGCAGUGCCACCAUUGUGACCGCUUACCUGAUGAAGACAUACCAGCUGGACUUUGUGGAGGCUUACAGCAGACUGAAGACUGUCAAGCAGGAUGUGCAGGUGAACAGUGGCUUUGAGGAGCAGCUGUGUCUCUACCAGUCCAUGUGUUGUGAAGUGGACACCUGCAGUCCACUUUAUAAACAAUACAGACUGACCAUGAUCACACAGAAAUAUCCUGAAAUGCAGCAGGUGCCCAGGGAGGUGUUUGCAGCAGACCCCGCCCACUGCAGCUCUUCUGAAGCCUCCUAUCGAUGCAGGAAGUGCAGAAGAAGUCUGUUCCGCAGCUGCAGCCUCCUCAGUCACCCAGUAGGAGAAGGAGCGUCCGCCUUCGCCCACAAGAAGUCCAGUACUGUGCCAGGAGGAGUAGAGUGUACCUCAUACUUUAUUGAGCCAGUGCAGUGGAUGGAACAAGCUUUGCUCGGUGUGAUGGACGGACAGCUGCUGUGUCCCAAGUGUGGAUCCAAGCUGGGCUCCUUCAGCUGGUGUGGAGACCAGUGCUCAUGUGGCCGCUGGGUCACGCCCUCCUUCCAGCUGCACCGCAACCGGGUGGACGAGAUCCGCCUUCUCAGCAUCCGUGGCGUCCUUUGAGGUUGGACUAGAUCAGCAUCCGUGGCGUCCUUUGAGGUUGGACUAGAUCAGCGUCGCUGUUUAAAGCCACCAAAGGUGCGAGUCUUUGGGCACCAAACCAUUCCAUCCCCUUCCUGGGGUGGACCAGUCAAUUCAGAAUCCAUUCAAGCCCAUUCUCGCGAUGCAUUAUUUAAUAUAGCUUAUUUUCCGGACUAUAGACCACACCGGUAUAUAAGUAAACAAAUGAUUUUCUAUAUAUUAGCCGCACCGGACUAUAAGUCGCAGACAUUUACGUUGUGAAAUGACUUAUUUACACAUAAAUAUUCUGUAAAUGUUUAUUUACAUACAUUAAUUGUUUCCAAACGGUGUCUGUAGAAUUGUUUUAGUUAUAUUAUAAAACUUACAAACGUUGCUUGGAGUGAUGAACGAAGAAUCCAUUCGAGUAGAAACGCUAUAGACGGUUAGACGGAACGGCACUUGUACUUCCGGUUCAACGGGAUCUGAGCCGAGGAUGUGGUUGUGGCUUGUGCAGCCCUUUGAUAUGAUUGAUUGAUUGAUUGAACACUUUAAACAGCAGGAAUUCACAUUCACCCAGCAACCUCGUCCAAAAGAUGGCGCCGUAGCACAAACAAUAACACACCAUUGUGUGUAGUAAAAACGCUGUGCUUCGUGGCCGCAAGCGAAGAAAAAUUCCUUAAAUGAGCCGCACUGUUUUAGAAGCCGCGGGGUUCAAAGCGUAGUAGUGGUUUAUAGUCCGGAAUUUACUGUGGUAUAAUACAUAUAUGACAAAUAAUACAGGAUGAUGGAAGAUCAUGUAUUUCUGAACAAUCAUCGUCACGCCUGUAGCGGUGCAGGUGUUUGUAAGCCACAGGGAUCAAAGCGUAGGGAAAAAGUAGCGGCUUGUAGUCCAGAAAAUACAGUAAUAAUUAGAGAGAAACCUUUUCAAAAUCUCAUGUAGAUGGCCUAAAACCGCUUUAAAAAAUUGAUUCUGAUUAAAACUUCUUUUU